UACAUUUUUCUUUGUGUAAUCCUUGCUUUUUCACUAAACAAUCGUGUGACGCGAGUAAUGGUCGAUCAGUUUUCGCAUUUGUAUCAUUGCGAUGGGGCGAUUCGAAGAUUCGGUGGUUUCCUCUCUAUGACGUUUCUCCAUAGUUUCGUGAAAUGGUGGAGAAAGAUGAAAUUCAGUCGAGAAGGCGACGUUGUGAUGUAUCUCGGUGCGAAAAGUGAGGUGUUUCUGUCAGGAAAUUGGGGCUGCCAAUUGCCAACGCGACCAUUUGCAGCCUGAGAGCAACCCCAAUAAUUGGAAAAUGUCCGGAUUUGCGGCGGCGGGCCUCGUGGCCUUCGAUUCCAUCAAGUCCAAAGCAUCGCGGAAACUUGCUGGAUUAAGAAGAAGUAAUGCCGGCUACGAGGAAUUCGAGAUGCCCCGCGAGGGUAGCAAAGACAAUAAGGGGUUCGAGGAUGAGAGAGGAUACAGUAGACAAGAUUCGUUCGAAUCACUCCCGGAACCUGAACGACCCCCAUUGCGCCAUAUCGAUACUUAUUGCAAACCAGAAUGUCCCUGCUUAUCGAAAAGAUACACCAUCGCCACUUUGGCCUGUAUAGGAUUUAUAAUCUCAUUCGGUAUGAGGUGUAACAUGGGAAUGGCGAAGAUGGCCAUGAAGAAUGCCACCGAAGAUAACGCCAACCACACUCUCAGGUUCAACUGGACAAUUGGCACAGAGAGCGCGCUGGACUCGUCCUUCUUCUGGGGUUACCUUGUGACUCAAGUACCAGGAGGAUUCCUCGCCUCCCUGUACCCUGCGAACAAGAUAUUUGGGGCUGCAAUUGCCAUAUCUUCGUUUUUAAAUCUGUUGGUACCUGGCGCACUGAGCAUCCAUCCAAUCGUCGAUAUGAUUGUACAGGUCAUAAAAGGAUUAGUGGAGGGUGUUACGUAUCCAGCGUGUCAUGGUAUCUGGAAAUAUUGGGCACCACCGUUGGAAAGAUCGCGUUUAGCGACAUUGGCAUUUUGCGGUUCUUACGCUGCUAUGGUAAUAGGAAUGCCACUUUCGGGCCUUUUAACUUCGACCUUUGGCUGGGCAGCGUCCUUUUAUUUCUAUGGUAUUUGCGGAUUGAUUUGGUAUUGUUUCUGGUUGUGGAUGGCAUUCGAGAAGCCAUCGAAACACCCUUGUAUUUCGGCACGUGAGUUGCGUUACAUCGAAGAUUCACUUGGCCAAGGACAAUCGCAGUUACCUAUGGCGAUGCCAACAUUCGCGACGACACCAUGGCGAAAAUUUCUGACGUCCAUGCCAGUUUACGCGAUUAUCGUAGCUAAUUUCUGCAGAUCCUGGAACUUCUAUCUUCUAGUGCUCUUUCAAGCUCGUUUUAUGCACGAGGCUUUCGACAUGCCUCUAGUUGAAACUGGUGUAAUUGGCUCGCUCCCACAUCUGUUGAUGACGAUGAUCGUGCCUUGCGGAGGUCUGUUGGCUGAUUACAUUCGCAAACGUGGAAUAUUGUCAACAACAAACGUCAGGAAGCUGUUUAACUGUGGCGGUUUUGGUAUGGAGGCUUUAUUCUUCUUGGUGGUAUCUCACGCAACCAUGAAAAGAAAUGGGACAGCAGCAAUCUUCGCGCUAGCGUGCGGUGUCGCGUGCAGUGGUUUUGCCAUUUCUGGUUUCAACGUAAACCAUUUGGACAUCGCUCCCAGAUAUGCCAGUAUCUUGAUGGGAAUGUCGAAUGGAAUUGGAACGAUAGCGGGUCUGUUAGUACCCUUCUUUGUAGACAACAUCACAGAGAAGAAGGACGCUCAAAGUUGGAGAAACGUGUUUAUCAUAGCAGCGUGCGUGCACAUAUUCGGUGUAAUAUUUUAUGGAUUUUUUUGUUCCGGAGAGCUACAACCUUGGGCUGAUCCUAAUUUGGACGAGCAGAAGACUUUCGCUAUGGAUGAAUUUGGACAAGCGAAACCACCUCUUCCUCCACCACCGAAGACUAUGCAAUCCGAAUUCAUAAGACAACCAUCGAUGGGUGAUGGUGCAGCAGACGAUUGGAAUAAUUACGAUCAACCACCAGCUGCGGAUAACAUAUACGCUCAACAAGAAAAACCACCGGUGAUAAGCUACGGAUCAACGGAAACCAAUAGCAACAAUCCCUUCCAUUCUACAAAUCCCUUCGCCAGCGAUGUAAACGCAUCUCUGGUACAACCACCAGCGACGACCGAUUACGCAUACGACGUAACACAGCAGAAUCAACAGUGGAAUUAAAUUCAUCGAUUCCCGAACAAAUUGGACGGACGUAAGGAUAUCUGUUUAAGCUGACUGAUCAUUUAAUCGAUUAUGUUUGUUUCAUAACUGCGUCUAGUACUUCAAUGAGUCCACUUGCUUACUGUUACUUAUCAUUGCAACGAUGUGAAUUUUGAUAAAACAUUUUCCAUAGUAAUUUCUCUUUGAAUAUUUUUCGGAGAUUUCUUCUUUUAACAAGAGAAUUACUUUCUUCUAGGAUUAGAUGCGAAGUAUUUACAUCGCUUCAAUAAAAGCUGGUUACUCAUUUUUUUUCUAAAAAUUUAGCAAACACACAUUUAAUUCUUUUGCUGUAAAAAGGGUAUAUAUAUAUAUAAAUAGAAUUUUUAAAACACAUUAAAUGCAAUUACGGGUGACUUAUCUUUUUUUUAUUUAAUGAAUAAAAGCAGGAGGUUUAAGAUACUUAUGGAAAGAUAUAAAGUAAGCAACUGUUAAGAAAUUGAAGUACUAGAGGCUUACUGAAAGAGCAUAAAAUAAUUUCUUAAUAACUUAUGAUGUUGAAACAUCAAUCGAUACAGAAUUACUGGCUUUGUAUUCUCAAUUGAAGUACAAGGAAAUGUUCUCUUUCUGCAAUACCUAAGAGUGCAGGGUAUGGUGCUGUAAGUUGAUGCACACGAAUCGGGCAAACAAAAUGUUUGAACGUAAAAAGAGGCUUGAGAUAUCCAUAAUAGAGUAUCAAGAAGUGUCGAAAACGACAGAGAAAGUGGAUAUCGAAAUAUCGUAAGAUCUUUUAGGAAAACAUUCAAUCGAAAACAGAAUUAUAAGAAAUCAAGAAGGAAACUUUCUACAUUAAUUAUUUAUCAGUAUAACUUGCGAAUGUCGAAGUGAAACCAAGCUGACUAUUUUAUAAAUCUGACAUUGGCCUGCUGGUUAUGUAAAUCGUCCAUUCGAUAACCUUUGAUGUAAUCGCAAACGAAGAAGUGGACAUGAGUGGCCUAAUUGAGAAGCAACUCGAAGGUCGUAAUAAUCUUUUAAGAAAACAUUUCAGCUAUUGCUACUUAUUUAAACUCUUACUAUGGAACUAAAAAAUUUAUAUGAGCAUACCUAUAUGCAGACAAUAAGCAACUGCCAAACCUUCGUAGACAAUAAUUUGAUAAUCUAAGACAAUAAUACUAAGAAGGUUUGGCGAAGUGACGGUGGAAAAAUCAGUUCAGCACGAUCGCUGAAACUUUUAGGUAUUUUCUAUGUUAUUCUUCAGUUUGGCACUGGUAGCAGAUAAUUCAACGAUGAGAAAGUUUAGAAACAUAGCAAUAAAAAAAAACCAAUAUUGAAAGUAUUAUGCUGAUUGUCGAGAGUGAAAAACGAAGAAUGGUAUGCACGUCGCAGUUAUGGCGCGUAUUUUUGAAAUAGUACAACCCGGUCCUCGAUGAUAAGCGAACGUACGGUAACUAGAACGAAUUAAUUAUCGAAACGUCAAUAUUUUAACAGUGGGCUGGCGGGUUCUGUUAAUUAAUGCAUUACUCGAGAACGCUGCUUCGUAUAAGCGUUGCAACACGAGAAAGGCAUUAAUACGUUUAUUCGGGUACAAGACGUAUCAUAGACGAGAUUACGUUACUUAAGCCUUUCGAGUUUAAAUGUAAUACACAAAAACACGGAUCCUAACGGAAACGUAUCUGAAACGUAUGAAAGUAUUCAUAAGAAAGUGAUAAGAUGAAAGUAUUAGUAUGUUAAGGCAUUAAAGUACCGUAGGGCUCUAUUUGUUGGGACCUGAUCUCUUCGAGUGAAUUCUCAUCUUGUGCACCGACAAGAGGAUCUUCCAUAGAAUUGACAGCUUCUUCAAACACGUAUCUUCCUUCAUUUUUUUACCGUUUCUCUUAUUUGAAAUUCAAAUCAUAUUAAUGAUUUAUCGUGAUACUACAAGAUACUAUAAUUCAAACUCUAUUAAUGCGAAGCACGUCAUGUAUUAAACGUAGUAGUAUGUUCCAGUUGAAAUACGUAAUUAGCGUUUAUACGGUGAUUUUUCUGAGCGUAGAGCAGCACAUUUUUAAAUAGGCCACGGGUUUUUAUGUGUUUACGUAAAACUUAAGGAUACAAAAAUUGACAGGAUAUAGUAUAUAGAAAUAUAAAAAUAUAAAAAUAUGAAAUAUUCAAAGUAGAAUACUCGUUAUAAUUUUUCAGAAACAAAACUUCUACUUUCUUUCUGUUUCGUUAGUCGUGUCCAUAAAGGUAUAAGUCUGCAUAAAAAUCCGCAGUCCACUUAUUAAACAGAAAUGUUGAAUCACUGGACGCUUAAUAUGAAACAAAGAAACAGAGGAGAGUCUAUUUCUAACAACGAACAAUUAACAUAAAAGUCCAUAUACGGUUAAAGCUGGAUCAAUAGAAUUCCGAUACCAUUACGAUAACAGAUAUCAAGGAUAUCGUAGCUUUCAACGAAGGUAACCACCAAAUAUCCCAUUGAUGUUUAGAUGAUUUUACAGUGCGUGAUGUACAGCGCGAGGAUAAUAUCGUAUUUGAAGAAGCUAAGCAAUUAAACUAUCACAAUUUAGAAAUUCGUGAAUAUGUCAAUAUCGAUAUGUUAUUCGAAGCUUCUGACGAUACGUCGUAAUGUUUCUUGAAAAAUGGUGUAUAGACGGUAUCGAGAUCCUGGAGUUAUUCAGAACAACGGUGCCACGGUUCGGAUACAUCGAGUUCUACUGUACGUAUUUGAUGAAAGUAUAUCCAUGAAAGUUCGAACGUCAGUUCGAGAAUUAGGAACAAGUCGCGUUAUUAUACAUUUGUCCUAGGUGUUUAUACUUCAUAAUUGUUAUACAUACAUAGUAUUCACACAUGGGCAUUUACACGGUACACAUGGGCAUUCACACACAUACACACAUAUACGUACAAAAGAGUAUAUAUAUAUAUAUAUUUCGUUACUAUAUUCGAACGUUGUUGGUGAUUUUUCAUCGCCGGUAUCAGAGAGCAGAAUAUAUACACGUUGAGGAUGAGAUAACAUCCAAUUUAUUGCAUUAUUUCAUGGUCGAGUCGUAACGAUAUAGAUGUAUACGUAUACAUAUUCGUACGUUGAGAAACAAUACGUGAUACAUGUACGGAUAUCGAUCGAUCGUUUGUCAAAUUUUGAUUAAGCAAGCAAACAAUUAAGAAAUGGUUAUUGCCCUGUCGAAAGUAGGAAAAAGUAUUCAGGAUUGAUAUCACACGUGUAAAUAAAAUAAAAGUUUACGAAGGAAACAUUGAAAUCGAAUUGUAUCGUAACUGACUGAAAUUAUAAUAAUAUUACAUAUACAUGAAAUUAUAAUAAUGGUAUCCACAUAUCUAUUAGUGAAAGCUCGUGGUAUAUAAUCUUGAAUUGGCUGAUUAAUAUUUUCUUUCAUCGUGCAGUAAUAAAGUUUUGCAAGAAAUAAAUUUUUCGAAAUUUUACAAAAAAUACAUGUAUCAAGAACGAUCGAUCGAUUCGUUAUACACGUCAAACGUCGAAUCACAAAAUUACAUGAAAGUACUACUAUAUACAUACUUAUAUUAUUCGAACAGCCCUCCUUUUCGUUGCCCGAGGAUCCACGAGAUUAGUCAAUUUGCGCGAUAUCUAUUUCUAAAAGAAAUUAUAGAUACAUAAUAUGAGAUAUAUACGGAUAUUUACGAGUAUAUACAUAUAUAUGUAGCCGAUAUAUAUAUAUAUAUAUAUAUAUAUAUAUAUAUAUAUAUAUAUAUAUAUAUAUAUAUAUAUAAUUCAACGCGCUAAAUGAUGAUUAAGGUUAGAUAUACAUUUUCUCGGUCAUGUGGUGUAAUUAAUAUGAUACACAUACGCAUAUACACGUACGUAUGGAGCCCAUGUUGCAGCAUAUGAUACUAAUUGUAAGCUAAUCGUACUAAUCCUUUCGUAUCAAAGUUUUUGUAUGGUAAUCGCAAAUUUUUUUCUUUGUCAGAUUGCAUCAACAUGUUGAUAGAGAUAUCUAAUUACAAAAAGUGGAGUAGUCAUAACGAUAGAUUUUACUAUAAGCUUUAGACGAAUCAAGUUGACUUGGAAAUUCUCAUUUACUUUUUCACACUUUUAAUAAUUACUUGCUAAUACAUAAUUACUUACUUCUUAGUGUGUCCAUACAUUUAUAGUUAUAAUUUGCCAAGUCUUUGGAAACAAGCACGCGAAGAGAUUUUAAUAGAAAAGCAAUGACUCUAUAAUUAAUAUAAAUUUCGAUAUUUAUAAAGGAUGUGUAAAUAAUAUAACAUAACAUUAAUUGUUAAACUUAAUGAAUAUAUUAUUACACAGUAUAUCGUACGUUAUAUAUAAUACAUAUAAAAUUAUAUUAUUGUAUUAUUAUAUAUACGCAUAUAUAUGUAUGUAUGUACAUAUCGUUGGGGUCAACGUGUAUGGCGAUCGAUAUAAUUGAGCGUAAUCGCAAUAGACGAAAUGCUUGCUGAAACGAAUCGCAGAUGUUAAGAAAAAAAUGUGUUUUGAAAAUCGCUAGAGAUCUAAAGGCGAGCUGUGGAAAAAUUUAUUUUUUAUUAGACGUUUCGCGGUGUCGACAAUAAUAUCUUGUAAUCUCAUGCA